AUGCGCCCCAUUCCUCCUGCGAACGAGCAGCUUGAAUCACUCGCUCUGUAUCCCUGCGAGCGAAUCACUGUGUGGAGCCGCGCCGCUGAAGCGGCCGAGAACGACGAACUGAGAACGACGAACUGCUUCAGGAAAAGUGGGCUGUUUGGACCGCCUGACAAGAAAGGUGGACCGGAGAGGACCGCGUAUCCGAGCGAAGACGCAACUGUUGGAAGCUCAGGGAUGGAGGAGAGGGUCUGGGAGCAGUUCACGGUCACGCUACAGAGGGAUGCAAAGAUGGGCUUUGGCAUUGCUGUGUCUGGGGGGCACGACAACCCCAAUGUGAAGAAUGGUGAGACGUCGAUCAUUAUCUCUGAUGUGCUGCAGGGAGGCCCAGCUGAGGGACUUCUCUUUGAAAAUGACCGGGUCAUUCAGGUCAACUCGGUCCCUAUGGAGAAUGUGCUUCACUCCUUUGCCGUGCAGUCCCUCCGCAAGUGUGGCAAGGUGGCCAAGAUUAUGGUGAAGAGACCCCGUAAUGUUGCAGUCCAUUCACUAAGACAGCCCCACUCUCCAGCGGAAGAUAGCUGUGACUACCCCUCUUCCACCCAUUACUACGAUGCCGACCGCGAAAAUGGCUGGCACCACGACAGCGGUCGAGACCAUAAAGCAGACAACAAGGGACACCUCGAUCCUGAAUACAGAGGAGGAUGGGACUAUAACCAGCGAGGGAAGAGUCAGGAGAGAGCCUCUUCCAGCCCAGAGAGAUCCAGGAAGGGAAGGAGCUAUGGUCGGUCACCAACACCCCGCUCUGACUGUAAGAAGAAUCAGAGGCGGGCAUGGAGUGGAGACAGGUGGAGUACAUGCGACGCUUAUAACCCAGGGAGCAGUUAUGAACGAGGAGGGGAGGAAGGUGGAAGACGUACAACCCAGGCCAGAGGCAGGGACCAACAUCAGGUUCACCCUCCUUCCCCCAAAUCCUCCAGAGAGCCUGAGCCACUGGAGAAGCCUGUCACUGUGCUGUUGGUGAAGAACACACCCAGCGAAGAGUAUGGGCUACGUCUUGGCAGUCAGAUCUUCAUCAAGCAGAUGACGAGCACCGGCCUGGCAGCCAAAGAUGGAAACCUGCAAGAGGGAGACAUUAUUCUCAAGAUCAAUGGGACGGUGACAGAGAACCUGUCCCUGAAUGAUGCUGGGAAGUUGAUAGAGAGGUCCAGAGGCAAACUGCAGCUUGUCAUCCAGAGAGACCAUCAGCAGACCCUGAUCAGCAUCCCACCCCUCGCUGAUUCUGACUCGGAUAACGAUGAGUUGGAGUCGUACCAUUCUUCCUCUCCACCGGAGGACAGAAGAUCCCACCAGUCAGACCUGUCCUCUCACUCCUCUGCUGAAAGAGACAAUCCAAGGGACUACUGCAGAGCAGCUGACACAUUGCCCAUGGACCUUCUAUUCAAAGUGUCUGCAGACCCUCAGAACCUGGCUGAGCUGGACCAAGAAGCACCACAGACAGAGGUGCCGCUAGAUACUGUCAAAACAACCCCUAAGGUUCUCCUCCAGCCGAGCCCAGAAGAUAAAGAGAUAUAUGGGCCUGACAUCGUAAUGGUGAACUUCCAGAAAGGAGACAGUUUAGGGCUGAGGCUGUCAGGAGGGAAUGAUGUCGGAAUCUUCGUUGCUGAUGUUCAGGAAGGCAGUCCUGCCAUGGAGGAAGGUCUAUGCACAGGAGACCAGAUCAUAAAGGUGAACAAUGUAGAUUUCCAGGGCAUUGUGAGAGAGGAGGCAGUGCGCUUCUUGUUGGAGAUUCCAAAAGGAGAGAACAUCACCAUCUUGGCCCAGAGCAAACCUAAUGUCUACAGUGACAUCCUGGUGUCUGGCUGCUGCGACUCUUUUUUUAUUCGAACCCAUUUUGAAUAUGAGAAGGAGACCCCUCAGAGCCUGGCCUUUAGACGAGGAGAGAUCUUCAAGGUGGUGGACACCCUCUAUGAUGGCAAGCUGGGCAACUGGCUGGCAAUACGCACUGGCAAGGACAAGCAACUACAGGACCAGGGCAUCAUCCCCAGUAAGAGCAGAGCGGAGCAGAUGGCCACGGUCCAGAGCCCCCUGAAGGUCAGCGCUGGGGACCGAGCUGAUUUCUGGCGGAUGCGGGGCCAGCGGGCAGCUCAGAAGAAGAACCUCAAGAGGAGCCAAGAUGACCUGAGCAACCAGUGUGUCGCCCCCCACUUCCCAGCAUACGAGAGGGUUGUGCUGCGAGAGGCUGGUUUCAGGCGGCCUGUGGUGCUGUUCGGCCCAAUUGCUGAUGCUGCCAACAAGAGGCUGGCCAAUGAGAUGCCUGAUCUGUUUGUGAUUGCCAAAACAGAGCCGAAAGACGCAGGGACUGAGAAGUCCUCAGGUGUGGUGCGCCUCAACACCAUCCGACAAAUCAUUGAACAGGACAAGCACGCCCUGCUAGAUGUGACCCCUAAGGCAGUGGGCACCCUCAGCUACACCCAGUGGUUACCCAUCGUCAUCUUCCUCAACCCUGACAGCAGGCAAGGCAUCAAGGCCAUGAGACAGAGAAUAAUCCCCAGCUCCAACCGAAGUGCUCGCAAACUCUUUGACCAGGCGGUAAAACUCAGGAAGGCCUGCUCCCACUUAUUCACUGCCACCAUAGAUCUGAACUCAGCCAACGAUGCCUGGUACGGCAGUAUAAAAGACUCCAUAAGACAGCAGCAGAUGCAAUCUGUCUGGGUCUCUGAUGGCAAGCUGGAGGGGCCACAAACUAAACUGGACAUCCGAGAUGUGGACCGCAUGUCCUACCUGUCAGCGAUGUCUGUCGACUACCUCAGUACAGACAGCCGGCUAGCUUCUGACCUGGAUGACAUGAUUGAUGAGGGCGGGGCCCAUGCUUACAGCAGGAUGGAGGGCAACUCACUGGAACGUCACCAGCCAACACACGCCUCCACCAUCAGCCGCUCCUCUGAACCUGUUAAAGCUGAGGAGGUAAACCUGGCUCUAAGAGAAGAUGAAGUUCUAGCAUCAGGCGCUAAGUACCUGUGUCACCACCAGCCUCAACAUCAUUCUCCACCUCGCAGUGAAGUCCGAAGCUAUGAUCCCCUAUCCUGUAGCAGCCAUAUCAGCAACAGCAGCAGCAAUCUCCCUCCUGCUUCCUCCCUAGCCACCUCCUCAAGUCCACAUCCUCCUGAGUUCAACCUAGGAAAAGCCUGGCCCCUCAGAGCACUUCCAUCCCCUGGCGACCUCAAAUCCAGCAGUUCUGGGGCCAAUCAAGAACUCUCAGUGCACUUUAUGGCUCCUGACAGUGCAGCCACAGCACCCACUAGGCAACAGGAGGAGACACUGGAAGACAGCCCUGACAAAAACGUGUCAAUCUUGAGCAAGAUCAGGGACUUUGAGAAGAUGGCUCAAUUAGUGCAUGCCAAGAGGAUGUUGGAGCUACAGGACGCUCACAGAGCCAGGGUGGAGCUGGCGCUGAGGAACCCCGAGCUCUACGCUGUGCCGCUCAAGACCCCCAAACUGGAUAACACGGACCACCAGUCCAUGUGCCUUAACUCCUACGUAAAGCCAAAGACACCAUCGUCCUCCCAUCUGCCACAUCCAGAGGGCUAUCACCUCCUGCCCAGUGAGGUGGAAGAGCGAGAGGCGUUCCAGCAUGACCCCACUGUGCAAGGUUACCACCCCGCCUACUCCCAGUACCAAGACACUGAACUGUAGGACCACCAGACGGCUCGUAUCCCUCCACAUUGUGGACAUAUUGCACACCUACUUAGAGGUGCUACUUUGCACAAACAGGCUUAAACCAAUAUCCUUACAGUAUAGAUUACUCUGUCCUUUCCAGCACACAUAUUCUGAGUACUCACCAUUCCUCCAGGCUCAGCCUCCCGGCUGGCCCUGCACCAGCCUCCCGGCUGGCCCUGCACCAGCUUCCCGGCUGGCCCUGCACCAGCCAGCCGCUGACUCGUAAGAAACUUCUGCUGUGUUGAAAUUCUUUGACAAAAAAAACUAUAACAUUUUUUUUUCAAAGAAGUCAAAACAAUUAUUUAGU